AUGGCGGACGACGUUACGGCAGAGAGGACGCCAGGAUUCAAGGUGGGGGAGAAGAAGACACUGGACGAAUAUCACUCGUUGGACAAGGAAGAUGAUGCAAUGAAUAGAUGGAAGGCGUCACUGGGACUUGCCACGGGCAAUAGUAUCUCGGACCCCAAUGAUCCUCGUUUGUGUAUUAUCAAGUCUCUCGCCCUGGAGGUUGAAGGACGGCCAGACAUCACCAUCGACCUUUCACAGUCGGGUGCAUUGGAGAACCUGAAAAACAAGCCAUUCAGCAUCAAAGAAGGAUCGAAGUACCAAAUGAAGGCUGUCUUUGUUGUCCAACAUCAGGUCCUUUCGGGCUUGAAGUAUGUUCAGACUCUCAAGCGCAAAGGUAUUCCGUUGGGCAAGGAUCAAGAAAUGAUCGGUAGUUAUGCGCCAAGCACUGUCGACAAGCCAACAUACACAAAGAAAUUUGCCCCAGAAGAGGCACCGUCUGGUAUGAUGGCUCGUGGUCAUUACGACGCCGUUUCUCGAUUUGUGGAUGACGAUGAUACUACGCAUUUGAAAUUCGAAUGGUCAUUUGACAUUUCGAAAGACUGGAAGUGA